CUGGGGGCUGUUUUAGAGGCUGCCUGCCACAUUGGGGGAUGGUGCCCUGUAGACUAGGGUACCCCCCCCAAUCCAUCCAGAAUUCCAGGCUGUGCCCAUCGCCCCAGGCUGAGGACCCCCUGAGCCAGGACCGUCAGCUUCUGGAGGGGGGGCUGGCAAAGGACCCGUCAUCAGCCCUGGAUCUGACUGAAGCCAGGUUUGAUGCAGACCCAAGGUGGGAGAGCCCUGGCAUGCCUGCAGAAGGGCCCACAUCUGGUUGCUCACAAGAGCUGAACCUCACCACCAGCAGUAGCUUUGGAGAACCAGGAAGCUCAGAGUUCAAGGAGCUGGCCCAGAGGGAAGACGGGGAGCUAGCAGGGCCCAUGCCCCAGGGGCCCCAUCAACCACCAUCCAGAAGCCUACAGGAGAAGAAGCUGGCUCAGGGAGCCCCAGGGCCCUCAGGCCUCCCCUCCCAGGGCCUGCCAGAACCCCCGGAUCCCCUGGAGGGGCUGGGCUGCAGCCUGGGCCAGGAGAGAGCAGAACUAAAGAAACUGCUAAGAAGUGAGAUUCCUCAGAGUCAGAGAGAGGGGGCCCCUCAGGAUCAGAGAGGGAAGGCCCUCCAGGGGGAGGACAAAGAAGUUCCCCCAAGUAAGAGAGAGAAGACAAACGAGGGUCAGAGUGGGGAGGCCCCUCAGGCUCUGAGGGAAGAGGUCUCGGAAGGUCAAAGGUGGGAGGCCUCCCAGGGUGAGAACAAAGAGGCACCUCGAAGUCAAAGCGGAAGUCGCCUUAAGUGCCGGAGAAAGGAGGUCCUCCCGGAGCAGAGCGAGGAUUCUCCUCAGGGCCCGGAAGUGAAGACGCUUCAGCCUUCCGAGGGCAGAGGCCGUAUCUCACAAGCCUGGGAGGUGGCUCGGGGAGAGGCACCUACACCGCCCCGGGAGGAAGGCGGCUCCCUGGGGAUUCCGGGGGGCUUCUGCAGGCCCCUGGGAGAACGGAUGCCGCAGCCUGGGGGAAGGGAGGGCCCGGACCCGCGGGGAAGGACCACGCAGCUGAGGCAGGUUAAGACCGGUGGCCCGAGAGGAGAGAGCGCAGCGGCCGUGAGAGAGCAGCGGCCCGCCCGGGAAGGGGCGCCGGCUCCCCUUACGCCCCCGGGGCCUCCGGCCCGGCCGCCGCUCCCACGCCCAGGAGCGGUGUCGCUGGCGGCCCUACGCACUGGUGGUUCCGAGCAGCGGGAGCGCCCCGCAGCUCUCCCAGGGCACCCGGGCCUGCUGAGCGAUCCGCACUCGCUUCGGGGCCCGGGAGGAAGCCCUGGCCCCGCGGAGCAGGAGCUGGGCGGCUCCAUGGGGCUCCCGGGCGCCCUCGGGGGGCGGAGGGAAGGUGCCGAGGCCCCCAGAGCCUCGAAGACCGCGUGGCCCGAGUCCCCGAGCAGGGACAGGCGGUCUGCGAGCGUGAGCGCGGCGCAGCAGGAGACGGCUCUGCAGCGGCUGCUGGAGCUGCACAGUGAGGCCAGGCGUCGGCGGCAACAGGACCGCGAGCAGCAGCGGCUCCGGGUCUUGGAACGCCUCCGCAUCGCCAGGAACCGCCACUGCCGCGUGCACCCCUUGAGACCCCCACCAAGCCCGGCUCAGCUCCCACGACAGGCAAGACCCCUAGGAGAAGGCGGUGGGGCCGCCAAAACCCUGCCUGGGUGGGGGACGGGGCGCGACCUGGGUCCCUUUGACUUGCGCGCACCGCGCACUUGCGAUGACACCUGCGGAGCGGGAGGGGCCGGUCUGCCCGGGUGCUGCCCUCUGCUGGCCGCAUCGAGCCCCGGGGCUGGGAGGCGCGGGCGCUCAGCGCUCGGCGCCGCCCCAGGAGGACGCGGCCGGGCAACGGAGCGCCCUGCGGGAGCAGCUGAAGCAAAUGCAACGGGAGAGGACCGGGCGGCUGCGAGCCCUCGGGGCCAGAACUUCCAGCAACUUCUGUGGCCCCCUGGCUCUGAGGAGCCUGCGCCUGGAGAGCAUCGCGCACUCUUCCCAGCCCGCUCUGGUCACUGCUGAAUCCUCAAAGGGACGAUUAAAGAGACGGGGAUUUAAGGAAAAAGCAAGAGGGCAACCUGUAGGUCAGAGGUAGUUUCAGAAAGGCCCGGAACGCAGCCUCAGGGCCUGGGAGAGCCAGACACAGACACGCAUGGCACUUUCGGCCCGCCACGUGUAUUAUUUCUUCUUCCCUCCCCUAAGCCCACUGCCUGGCCCAAGGUCAGAGGGCCAGGUCCUGGGGGUCAAGCAGUGCGAAGGCCCCAUUCUUGCGGAAGAAAGAUUCAAUGCGGCACGUCUUGCAGGAGACCAGUUCUUGCUUCACUGGGGGGCCUGGGAAAAGAUGUCAGAGGCCAGGAAUGGAUUCCUGGGAAAGGAACUCGCAGAGCCCGGGAGCCCUGCCUGCAUAACCCUAGGAAUCUGCCUGUGUUGUAUCCACUUUGUAAGUGUGAAAAAAUAAAAAGAAGUGCUUCUGA